AUGGGUCACGGGCCGGCUGCAACUGGGUGGCCGACAUGGGCGGCGAGCCGAUGGCAUGAGAGGAUCCAUAAGGCGAGCACCAACCUCAAGCUUGAGCAAAUCAAGAGGAUUGCGGAAUUGCAGAAGCAUCAUGAGAAACUGAUCGCUCAAGGUGAGAAGGUCAGGAAGGAACGUGAGCACUUGGCUGAGGCCGCCGCAAAGCGGAUGAGCAAGGGGCAAGAGCUCAGUGAGCUCCAGCGAAAAGCUUAUGAGCUGGUGCAUGAGGGAGGGCCGAUUCUAGAAUCAGAGCUGCCCGAUGAGUACCACAAAGAAAUCCAUAGGAUCAAACUGUAUGAG